AGCGCGGCAAUUGUAUUGCCGCAUUUGUUUUGUUUACAAUCGAAAUAAACAAAUAAAUAUAAAUUAAAAUGAAAAUCGCAAUAGAAGGAUGUGCGCAUGGGGAGCUAGAACGCAUCUACGAUACCAUCGAGGGCAUCGAAAAGGAGCGCAACAUCAAGAUCGAUCUGCUGCUCUGCUGCGGCGACUUUCAAUCGACGCGCAAUCUUGCGGAUUUGCAAACCAUGGCUGUGCCCCGAAAGUACAUGGAUAUGUGCACAUUUUACAAAUAUUACAGUGGAGAGCGCGUUGCGCCAAUUCUCACCAUAUUUAUCGGCGGUAAUCACGAGGCAUCCAACUAUCUUCAGGAGCUGCCCUAUGGUGGCUGGGUUGCUCCCAACAUUUAUUACCUGGGUUAUGCUGGUGUCGUGAAUGUGAAUGGCAUUCGUAUAGCAGGCAUCAGUGGUAUUUACAAGGGACACGACUUUUUGCGCGGUCAUCACGAGUUUCCGCCGUACACGGAGAAAACAUGUCGCAGUGUCUACCAUGUGCGUCAACUGGAGGUGUUUCGCUUGCAACAGUUGUCAGGAAAGGUGGACAUCUUUAUGUCGCACGAUUGGCCGCGUGGCAUACACGAGUAUGGCAACAAGGCACAACUGUUGAGAUUUAAGCCACAUUUCGCCGAGGACAUUGAGAAGGGGCAACUGGGAAGCCGUCCGCUGGAGGAAUUGCUGAAGACACUGCAGCCAACCUAUUGGUUUGCUGCUCAUUUGCAUUGCAAGUUUGCUGCUCUGGUGCAGCACACGAGAGCUGCAGGUAAAUCAUUGAAUGAGGAGGAAUCAUCCUCCGAUAGCAACAGCGAUAGCGAAGAGGAGGAAGAGGAGAAGCACUCAAAGUCAUCAGCAACAGCACCGGCUGCUCCUGUUGCCGUAACCAAAUUCUUGGCGCUGGAUAAAUGCUUGCCAAAGCGUCGCUUUCUGCAAGUGCUUGACAUGCCCACAAGCGAAGAAAGAGAAAAGCCAACUCUAGAGUACGACAUCGAAUGGUUGUCGAUAUUGCUCACCACAAAUCAUCUGACUUCUAUCAAGGAUAACAAUUACUAUUUGCCCGGCAAGAAGGCGGGCAGCAUGGAAGAACGUUGCAACUUUACGCCAACUGUCGAUGAAUUGUCGCAUAUUCGCCACAAGUUCAAUAAUCUCGAGGUGCCCAAGAACUUUUGUCGCACCGUCAACGCAUUCGAUGCCGAUGAGCAACAGAAUUAUAAACAAAUGUUUGUUGAUCAGCCGCAGGCACAAUUGAAUCCACAGUGCAAUGAUUUCUGUGCUAUGCUGGGCAUCGAUGAUCCACUCUGCCUUGCCAUGUUGGCAAAUGGCAAGGACUUACCGCAAACCAGCAGUUUAGAGGAGAGUACAGCUGAGCUCAACGUGCAGGAAACUAAAGACGAAGAUGUGCCAUUGGCUCCAACGCAAAGAAAACUAAAUUUAACACUGCCAGCACCAAUUGCAGCGGAAGUUGAUAAGAAUGUCAUUGAGCUGCCAGUGGAAGAAGAUGAGGAGGCUACGUCACGUGUUUCGGAUGUUGAACAAGAUUUACAAUUGUCGCCAUCAAAGAGGAAACUGAAUUUAAAGUUGCCAGCACCAACUGCUCCAGAAGUUGACAAAGAUAACAGCGAAGUGCCUGCUGAAGUCGAUGAGGAGUCAAAUUCGCUUGCUGCUAAUGUUGUUGUGGAUUCAACAAUGAACGAACAAGAUUUUCAAUUGGCGCCGACGAAACGGAAACUCAAUUUAACGCUGCCAGAGCCAAUUGCAUCAAAAACUGAUAAUAUUAUCAGUGAAGUGCCAGUUAAAGUCAGUGAAGAGCAGAUAGAGGAGCCAAAAGCAGAGUUACCUGCGACAACUAGUAUAAAAAAGCUAAAGAGAAGAAAUCAGAGCAUUUAUCAAGCUGAUGAUAUGGACGAUUAAACAAAAAAGUAACGACAAUCUGAAGGUUAACUAUAAAUAGUAGUUAUUGAU